AUGGCCAAUGGCUCAGGCGACGAUGACGAGCAUGUCAUCAUCGUUGGCAUAGACUUUGGAACUACUUUCUCGGGUGCAAGCUUCGCAUACUCGGGAGAGCCUAAGGAAAUUGAGGUGAUCAGUCGAUGGGAAUCCAAGCUGAACCUCAACUCCGACAAAGAGAAAGCACCCUCCGCCAUUCUCUUCCCUGGAAAGCGUGGACCCGUUUCUUGGGGUUAUGGCAUCCCACCGAAUGCGAAGCAAGAGCCUAUGAGAUGGUUCAAGCUAUUGCUAGUCGACGAGAAGGACCUUCCCAACAAGGUGAAGGACUCGCCGCAGAUUGCUGCAGCCCGGAAGAUGGUGGAAGAGGAGAACAAAGACCCUGUUGAGGUCAUCAGCGCGUACCUCACCCGUUUCUGGGAUCAUGCCGUCGAAUGCAUCAUUGCCUCGCAUGGGCAAGACCUUGUGGACAUGUGUCGCUUGCAGGUCGCCAUCACUCUUCCGGCAAUUUGGCCUGAUUAUGCCAAGGCGCGCAUGCGCAGGGCUGUUGAGGGUGCGGGCAUCUUGAAGGAGCGCCCGGCUGGUGACACGACCUUGUCCUUCAUAUCCGAGCCUGAAGCUGCUGCUCUAGCAACCAUUCUCAGCAUGGAACCUUUCGUGGUUCGCGAAGCAGUCGAAGGAGAUGGUGACUUUUGCGGAGGUGUCUUUCUCGAUGAAGCCUUCAUUGAGCUUAUUAAGACGAAGGUUACACCUGAAGCGUGGGGCAAUGUGCCUAAGAACGAAGCCAAGAAGCUGCUCAACGACGAUUGGGAAAAUGGCAUCAAGACCGGAUUCUACGGCCAGAGCGAUGAGUUCUCUUUUGGUCUACCUUCCGAGUGCCGCGUUCCGGGCACCUCGCAGCGUGGAGUGAAGCGCAAGAAGAACCUGAUUCUCAGCCGCGAUGACCUUCUCACAGUCUUUGACCCUGUCAUUGACCAGACAGCAGACCUGGUCCAGAAGCAGAUUGGGGCUAAAAUCAUCUUGGUUGGAGGUUUCGGCAGAUGCAUCAAUCUUCGGACACGUCUUCAGGAAAUCAUUGGCAGAGGGAUCGAGAUUCUCCAGGGAUCAGGCAACAAGCCUUGGAGCGCCAUCAGCCGCGGUGCAGUCAUCAGUGGUUUGACUGCUCGCAACCUUGCACCUGAUCUUUCAGUCGGAAUCACUUCAAGAAUCUCCCGCAGAAGCUACGGUAUCAUGCACUCAACCCCAUUUAAGUUCGGUGUACAUGAUCCCAAGGAUAAGUACUGGUGCACAAGUGAACACAACUGGAAGGCGCGUAACCAGAUGAAGUGGUUCCUUGAACAGGGAACCGACGUUUCGAUUGCCGAUCCAGUCAGUAAGGACUUUUACCGCCUGCUAGAGACGACUCUGAAGAAAGUCUCUGAGACCAUCUACGCCACUUCCGCUUGGCCCGCGCCCAAGACGUUCAACAAUGACAUCGAUGAGCUUUGCACCAUCACGUGGACUAAGAAGAUUGAACUCAAGUCUCUGAAGCGUUACACGAGCCCCACGGGUAGGGUGUUUCUUCGGUUGGAGUUCAGUGUCGAGAUGACCUGCUCUGGAAACAGUGUCGACUUCGCCGUCCUUCAUGAUGGAAAUCAAGUCGGUGCUCAGAAUGUCUCGGUGAUCUUCAAGACGGAGGACGAUGCCUGA